UCCCAGAUAUAUCUAUUCUACAUGACUUUGUCAAACAAUAAAGAUUCUAGGGCAGCGUUUGAAAAAAUCAGCAGAUUAAAUGUUAAAACCUUCCAAGGGUUGUCAACGAUAGAUGUGGGGAGAACACGACUGCCUGCUAUACCACCGCCGAGCUUGGAUUAUGACCCAAGGGAUCAUAGGACACCUUUAGAGCCCAUCAGGGUAUGGAUGGGAUACUUCAACCUGAUGAGGAUCAUGUGUGGCGCCGGAAUGUUGGGCAUGCCCCUCGCUAUUAGUCAAGCGGGCAUCUUACUCGGACCUCCGAUGGUAUUUUGCACCGGACUACUUGUUAUUCACACGCAUAUACUGCUGUUGGAUACACUGAAUGAAGUAGCUCGGCAGUUGCAAAUACCUUACAUUUCAUAUCGGUAUGGGUUCCGGCUGGCAGUCCUUCAUGGUCCUCCCCUCUUCCAUUUUAUAGGAGAUCACGGACCGACAAUAAUAGCUACGUUCAUGUUCUUGAGUCAGCUUGGAAUAUGCUCCGUGUUUGUGAUGUUAACAUCGGAUAGCCUGCGUGAUAUAAUGGACUGGCAAGAUAACUCACUGGCUCUAUUAACACUUCUAUUCCCGUACUUACUUUUGGAGUUCUUUAUGAAAACUUUAAAGAUGGUCAGCUACGUGGCUCUUCUAGGUAACUUCUUGAAUACGAUAGGAAUGGGCCUAAUAGCAUAUCACAUCUUUAAAAAUUUAUCCGGGGAUAUGGUAGUACUGACUACCUCGGCGCAGGGCGUCAUGUUCUCAUUUGGAACUCUACUGUUUAAUCUCAGUGCCGUCGGAAUUAUACUAUACGUAGACAAAGCCCUCAUAGAUCCUACAAAGAUGACAACUAAAUUUGGUGUGAUCAAGGUCGGCAUAUUUGUACCCACCGUGAUAUCUGUGCUGUUUGGAACAAUUGGAUACUGUUCCUUUGGCACCAUGGAGGAGAACAUCCUUAGGAGUUUACCGUAUGACGAAAUAUCUUCAAUGUUUGCCCUUGGGCUAUAUCUCGUAGCCGUUGCAUUUUCGUACCCCGUGCAGUGUUACCCAGCGAUAGCCGUCCUUAUAGAAGUCAUAAAGUACCACGAUCCAAUGACUCCGCCGUCUGCAAAGACCCUACUGCUGAUAGAAUCCCUCGGGAGGCCGCUCUUCGUAAUCCUUUCCUUUAUAGUUUGCUACUUCAUCCCAUUCCAAGGGCCCUUCGUGGCUUUUGUCGGGAAUAUGUGUACUACCAUGUUGUCACUCGUGUUCCCGGCUUUGAUGGACGUCUGCCUGAGGUAUCCGGAAGACUACGGGAACUAUGACCUUAUACUCAUGAAGGAUUUUUUCAUAAUGUGCCUUGGAGUGGUCGCCUGGAAAACCUUGCCGUUAUGGAAUUGGGAAUGUGUCAACGAAAAAUGUUUACCUUUAAAAGCAAAUCAUGUAACAAAGUUACAGUCCCUAGAGACAUGCAACAUGCUGUGCUCGUCCAUGCAGAUCUGGCCGCAGCCGACCGGCUCGGUCAGCCUGUCGACCACAGCAGUGCCGGUGCGCGCAGACAUGUUCCAGUUAAAAAUGGUAUCCGCUCCCUCUCGAAUAGUCCAUGAACACAUUCAAGAUGCAUUUGCACUUCUCCGUGAUGACCUACAUCAGAUGGAACGUAGAGCUCGGUCGUUCGAAGAGUGGCGCACUGUAUCCGUACGGAUAGUGGUGAACGGGAGCGGCGACCCCCGCAUGCUCGUCAACACCGACGAGGGCUACAGUCUGUCUCUAAGACCUGUCGAGGGAACCGGGGUCGCACUAAUGGCUGACAUUGCUGCACGUACUUUUUGUGGUGCCCGCCAUGCUUUAGAGACCCUCUCACAAUUAGUUUGGCUAGAUUCCUACUUAGGUUCGCUUUUGAUACUAGAGGCAGCUAGAGUAGAUGACGCACCACGAUUCAAAUACCGUGGCUUGCUUGUUGAUACGGCACGCAAUUUUUUUCCAAUAUCAGAAUUAAUGCUAAAUAUUGACGCUAUGGCCUCAUCUAAAUUGAAUACGUUUCAUUGGCACAUGACCGAUUCGCAAGCAUUCCCAUUGGUCACCAACAGUAUUCCAGAAUUUUCUAAUUAUGGCGCUCAUACCCCUGGUGACGUAUAUACUCCAGACGAUGUGCGGUUGGUCGUUCGUCGCGCAAGACUGCGAGGGAUACGAGUUCUCAUAGAAAUAGACGCACCUGCGCAUGUCGGCUACGGUUGGGACUGGGGACCCGCCGCGGGGCUUGGCGACUUAGUACUGUGCCUUAAUGUUGAACCGUGGACCGAGUACUGCAGUGAGCCUCCCUGUGGACAACUCAACCCACUUAAUUUACGUGUCUACGACUUGUUUGAACGGCUAUUUAUUGAGAUUAUGCAACUAACUGGCGUCGAAGACGUUUAUCAUCUCGGUGGGCACGACAUCUCAGACCGCUGCUGGACAGAUCACUUUCCUCAGCACAAUUCUAUGGAGCUCUGGCAAAAUUUUACAAGAACGAUACUGAAACGCCUCGAAAGUCAGACUGAUAAAUUGCCAAAUCUAAUAAUAUUUUGGAUGUCUCAUCUCAGUGAAAGAUUUAAAGCUGAUAUGAGAGACUACAUCCAGAAUAUAGGUCUACAGGUAUCAAAUGUAGCGUGGGCUCAUAAAUAUGUGAGCGGCAUACGAACUAUACUUUCUCACGAGGAUGCAUGGGACUUGAAUACAGGACAUGGAGCGUGGUAUGAAGAACACAGUGGCGCACCUUACAAUUCGUGGCAACGGAUUUAUGAGCAUCGUCCUUGGCUUAAGCAUGCUUCUGGUAUCGUGGAAGGGGCCGAGGGUACUGUGUGGUCUUCAGCACUCAGCGAAGGCGGACUAAUACAGCGGGCUUGGCCGCGGGCAGCAGCGCUGGCAGAGCGUCUGUGGACGGACCGGCCGGAGGGCGCCACGCGGCCCGUGCACGCACGCCUGGACGUGCACCGCGCGCGGCUCGUGUCGCGAGGCAUACAGGCAUCACCGUUGUGGUCUAUGUGGUGCUCACAAAACACACAUACAUGUGGGUAGCAUUUGAACGUAAAACGAAUGUAGCUAUAAUCAAAGUGGCUGCGGAAAAUAGAAUUCCCCGGUGCUGUACCUUUGCAGCGUAAUAUUAAAAACCAAAUAGUACUCUUACGUAUUUGUAAUUUAUAACAUCCAGAGGAUUGUGUUUUUAUAUCCUUGUAAUAAAGUUCCAGGAAAACAGAUUUCAGGGGUAAUUAAGCGAGAUUGUUAUUUACCAAUUUACA